CUCUCGCUGGAGUUCGAGGCGAGUUUAGGGGAAAAGUAUCGGCGGUUAUCGGCUGUCAGUCACCCGGGAGCGGAGCGGGGAGGGAAAACACGACGGAAAAGGAGGAUUUUCUGCUCAAACUGCGGACGGAGAGAGUCUGGGCGGCUGAAAUGUGCUGGAGAAGAGAGGAAAAGCGGCGGGAAUGUGUGGAAAUGUGUAGUUUUUAAGAGAGAAAGAGAGGGAGAGCUGGAACAGCCCGGGAGAGCUGGAACAGCCCGGGAGAAGUUGCUGGAUUAAGCAGGCGGAGGAGUGUUCGUGUGUUUGGAGGCGAAAAGUGCGGAUUUUUCUCGGUAAUUAAGCCUGGAGUUUAUUUCCACGCGUAUGUUCUGGAUUUAUUCUGUGUUUUAACGCGGAUUUGAGUCUUCCCAGCGAGAGGAAGGAGUUGGUAGCUGAGAGUUUUGGCUGUUGUGGCUGAGCUGCUGGAGGAGGAGGAGACGCUGGGAGAAGCUCAGCACUGACGCUCAAUCUGCGUCCCAGAUCUCUUCGAGGGACAGAAAGGGGAAGCUUUCUGCAGCAACAAAAUGAGUGGGGGGGAUGUGGUGUGCUCCGGCUGGCUCAGAAAGUCUCCACCAGAGAAGAAGUUACGGCGUUAUGCAUGGAAGAAGCGGUGGUUUGUUCUGCGCAGCGGACGGCUGACCGGAGACCCGGACGUGCUGGAGUACUACAAGAAUGACCACGUGAAGAAGCCCAUCCGAGUGAUUGACCUGAACCUGUGCGAGCAGGUGGACGCUGGGCUCACCUUCAACAAGAAGGAUUUGGAGCACAGCUUCAUCUUCGACAUCAAGACCAUCGACAGAGUCUUCUACCUGGUGGCGGACACCGAGGAGGAGAUGAACAAGUGGGUUCGCUGUAUCUGUGACAUCUGUGGCUUCAACCCCACCGACUCGGACGAUGCGGCAAAGGCUCACCACGCUGCUGUAGGUGCGGCUCUAGUAGUGGAUGUUCCUCCUCACGCUGGGGUGGUGGGACCCUCAGUGCUGGCCAGUGUGCCCCCUCCUUACCAGCCUGUGAACGUCAGGCAUCUGGAGUCCACCUCCAGCCUCGAUGACACCCAGGAUUACCUGCUGCUGCUCCACUGCGAGAGCAAGAAACCGGAGGCCAGCAGCCCUGUGGUACUCCCUCAAGGAGGGGUGGAGCAGGAAUACCUGCUCUUGGAGGAGUGUGAGAGCAAGACUGCUCCUUCUGAAAGGCUGUCCCAUGGCGAGUGCUCAAAGUCUACCUCUUCCGAGCCCGACUGCAACGACAACCUCCCAUCCCAUCGCACGCCCACGUCCUCCUCGGCCAAGCAUUCUUCAGUUAACGGCUUCUUCUCUUCUGGGCACGCCGGACUGUACGACUCCCCUUCGUCGCGGGGGGCGAGCCUAUCAGCUGAUGCACAGGGCCUGUACCACCUCCCCCGUAGCUACUCGCAGGACACUGUGCUUCUGCCCAAGUCUGCUUCCUCACCCUACGCCCCCGACACGGACUCGGGUGAGCUCUACGUUUUUAACACGCCCGCGAGAAAGCCUUCCAUCGAAGCCCAGCUCAGGAACCUGUCAGUCAGCUACGAUAUCCCGCCCACGCCUGGAAGUAACUGCACCUAUCAGGUGCCCCGAACGGCGGGGGUGGAGCCUGUAGCCACCGGGUCGGACGUAGUUCCUCCUCCUAGGCCACCCAAGCCUUCGCUGGGUGCAGCAGCCAUACCGCCCGAUCGGUCGCCUACAGACACGUACUCUGUUCCGAGGUCAGUGUCGGAGACGGACACUAACUACUGCGUGCCUUCCAGUGCGGGAGGGAACAAAGCGCUGCGGAGCAACACCAUCGGCACUGUGGACUCCUCACGCCUACGGAAAGAUUAUGGAUCCUCUCAAGACUGCUACGAUAUACCCAGAUCUUUCCCUUCAGACAGAAACUGCUCGUUUGAGUUCAACGAAAACUUCAACAACUAUUUUAAAAAUAAAGGCAUGCUGCCUGUAGGAAGCGCAUCAACGGAGGAGAUGGAUGAGAACUACGUGCCCAUGAGUGCCAAUUCCCCAUCACACCAGCGCUCAGGCAGCCUGUCCGAACCAAUCCAGGAGCCCAACUACGUGCCCAUGACCCCGGGCACAGUGGAGUUCCCUUCACUGGGGAAGCAGGUGCCCCCUCCUGCCCACAUGGGCUUCCGCUCCAGCCCCAAAACACCCCCCCGCAGACCCAUGCUUAUCACUGACUGCCAACCGCCCCCCGUCGACCGCAACCUCAAACCCGACCGUAAAGGUCAGAGUCCUAAAAUAAUCCGAGCUAAUCGGGCUGUCGGUCUCGAGCGAACCGACUCUCAAACCGUAGGUGAAUUCCGAGGACGUCGUAAGGCCAAACCAGCCCCUUUGGACAUCAAACCACUCCCUGAGUGUGAGGAGUUCACUACACCAGUCCGAUCGCCCGUCACCAGGUCCUUCGCCAGGGACCCCUCCAGGUUCCCCAUGCCUCCCAGGCCGCCCUCGGUGCAUAGCACUGGCUCCAGCACCGACUCCGAGGACUGUGAUGAGAAUUAUGUCCCCAUGCAGGACACUAAGAAAUCUACAGACGAACCAAAGCUGGGACCUCCUAUGAAUGCAGAUGGAGGUGGCAGCCCCAUGGUGAAGCCCAAAGGAGAUAAGCAGGUGGAGUAUCUAGACUUGGACCUGGACCCUGGCAAAUCCACUCCUCCUCGUAAGAAGAAAAGCAACGGGGCUGGCGUGUCCGUGUCGGAUGAGCGGGUGGACUAUGUGGUGGUGGACCAGCAGCGCACUCAGGCUCUGAAGAGCACCCGAGAGGCGUGGAGCGACGGGCGCCAGUCCACCGAAAACGACACUCCUUCCAAAGGGCCAAAGUGACCCCUCAGAUUCCCGCUCCCUCUCCCUUCUCCUCCGAGGUCUGCACCAGGCUGGGGAUCGGAGGGGCUCCUUGUGGAGGUGUGGACCACACGUCUCCAUCUUCAUCCAAAUCUCCUUCAGCCCGGGCCAUUACAUAUGAUCUAGAUUUAUACUGUGAGAGAGAAGCCGACUAGUCGGCUGGUUUACACUGCCACCUGGCUGAGGGGAAGAGCAACUGCGUGGAGGAGAGAUGAUGGUCUCUGAAAGUGCUGAUAUAUAAGCUGAGAGACAGUUGAAGUGGGACGUAGCUGUGCUGUGUGUUGGGGCUGAAGGAACUGGUAGACCUCGCUGGUUAAGAGCCCUGUGAAAACUAUGCUAAAAAGGCAGCGAGAGACUUUCAUUUGUAUCAAGUGGACACUCGCUGCCUGCUCUAGUCAUUUUUCGGUAUUAAUUUUCAGUCACGUUCACUCUUAAAGCGUGGAGUGAAGGUUUCUCUCGUCGUUUGACUGACUCGUCUGGGUUUACCACCUGAAAACAACUCAUACUGAUUUUAUUUUAGUUUUUCUACAUUUACACAUAUUCACACCUGAUCUGUUUUACAGAAAUGCCAUGGUAGGGUCAUGAGGAUGCACCACAUCAGUGGGAAUCAUUUAGUUUAGUUCAUUUAAGGCCUGUCACGAUAACUAGAUUUUAUUUUAAGUUUUAUCAGACCUUAAGUUAUUUCAGAAAUAACUGAUAAUCAAUAGAAUUGUCAUUUAAGACUAGGGCUGCGUAUCUGCAAGGACUUGGCGAUACAACUAAGAUAAAGGAUAACAUUGCAGUUCAAUGUUACAGUAUAUUGUGAUAGUUGUAAGCAAGAUGGAAAUAAUGCUAUUGUUUAAAUCACAUGUUAGUAAAACAUUUAUAAAAUCUGAGAAAAGGUCAAAUUUGAUGUUAGAAUAACAGUGGGAUCUAGUGCAACACUGCUAUCUACUGGACGGGGCUUAGACAUGUUUUACAGUUUUACAUGUUUAAAAAUAUAAUACAAUAUAGUAGAAAACAUAAUAUUUAGUACAUCCUAUUUCAGACCAUUUAAUCCUACUGAUAGCAGGAUCAUACAAUAACCUAAUAAUUCAGUUACAUGUUUUUUUUUUUUCCUUUUUGGACAAAUAACUUUUUUUAUGAGUUGUUUAAAGGAUCCAGCUGUAGCAGUUUAUUCUGUGUAUGUGGAGUCACUGUUAUUGAUGCAUUGAAGCAUUGGUCAACUAAAAUAAGCAGCUAAAAUAUUAGUAAAGCUUAUUCACACAUACAGAAACACAACGUAUGCUUACAUCAAGUUUAGCAAAAAUUUGUAUGUAUUCAUAUUCAUAUAUUUCUCGAAAAAUAAGCCGGUAACGUAUUUAUCGUGGCAGGCCUAGUUCAUGUCCAUGAUAAUCUGAAACUCUGGUACAUCCUGGUUUGUUUAGUUUUUAAUUAUUAGUUUUUAUUUCUGGUCUUCUGGUGCGUAUCAGACGUAACCCACCAGUGCAAUCAUUAAGGUUUCGAGUGGAGAGAAAGAAAGAGAGAGAGAAAGA